CGCGCUUUCUAGGGAUCCCAAGAAGGAAAGUUGCUGGUGAUUGUGCCCGCGACUCCCCCUGGCGGUAGUGCCCUGAAUCACUGCAAUUCGCAAUGGCCCAGAUCUCUCUGUGGCUGGUGGCAGGGGCCAUGCUCUGCUCCAGCCCUGCUGGUUCUCUUGAGGAGGACAUACGCUGGCUCGAUAUAAGAAACAACAAGGAAGUCUUAAUUCAUUUGUAUCACCUACAAAGGACCCCCCCUUACUUAUGCCUGGAUGACAGAAACAACUUCAAAUUUCCUUGGAAUUUGGAGACAAUCCUCAAAAUGAAGAAGACACAACGCACCUGUUUCCGCCAUGUGAUUCUCACGCAGAUCUUGUAUGUCUUCGCAACAAGGCGCAGCUUUGCUGAAUGGGACCACAGCCGCCUCUCUGAACUAAUCUCCAGCCUUCAUCAGAGCCUGGGGGACCUGGAGGACGAGGCGAAGACGGAAGGAAAUAAUUUGGCUUGUCCCAAGUUGGGAGGUCUCAUCUGGAAGUACUUCCAAGGAGUCUAUAAGUACCUGAAAGAGAAGAAAUACAGCUCCUGUGGCUGGGAAGUUGUUUUAGUGGAAAUGAUGAGACGCCUUGGAAAAAUGUAACAAUCCUCAUAUAAAAUUCAGAAUAAAUUUAUAUGGUGACUGAC